AUGUUCAUCAUACCCAUAGCGCUGGAGAUGAGAGCGGCCCGGAAUUUGAAGCUUCCACCGCUGGAUGAAAUCCAAGAUGAAUUCCUCGCUUUGUGGUACAAAUUUUUUGAGGCUCGGGAAAAGAAGAAAUCAAGUGGUCGUAUGCCCCAGCUACCCAAGAACUUUGAGAUCCCAGCCUAUAUCCAAGCUUUGUGCCGGACGGAUGCCAAAGAGCUGAAACGACUCAUGUCCAUGGUGAGAAAGCAGUUCUUGAGUGAAAGAAUCAGCCGCGACUCUGAUUAUCACAACGUGGUGUCAGCGUUUGGCCUCAAGGCCGACUAUCCACAAUUGGAUAAGGAGGAAAAGGAAGCGAGAGAGCAAGAGGCACUUGUGCAUGCAGACUUGUGCUUACAAAAGCUUGAAAAGUUAGUGGCCGAUCAUGAGGAUGAGGGUGAAAUGCCGAAAUGCCCACUGGGAAUGAAGGAGGAGAGGAGGAACAACAGGUUGGCGGAGAGAGCUGCAUCUCGCACUGCCACCGCUUCAGAUGGGCCACAAG